UAUUUUGGGCAUUCACUAUCCCAAUUAAAAUGACUGAAAUGCGGAUUCACCUUUCUUUGCUUUGGGAAAAAUGAAAGAAAACAGUUCGUUUAACCUGAACACGAACCAAUUGCUUAAGUACGGUACUCUAGAUGAAGCAGACGUAAGUACGUGUGACAUUUGAGUGUGAUAGCACCAUGUGUACCGUAUCUUUCUCUCACUCUCUGCCAGCACACUAAUGACAUUUGUCACACAUCUGCAUAAAAUUGUUUAUUUUUCAUUUCGAUUGUUGUGUUUUAUUUCGGCUCCGUGAACAAAUAAAAAUUUUACUGUUUUUUGGCACAAAAAGCGAUGAUUCUGAUCCACAUGCUUUCCCGCUUUAAAUCACUUCUCUUGUCUCUGAUCACACUAUUCCGGCGGGCAUUAUGUUGUUUUUCACGCCGGCGAAAGUCAUCAUUUAGCGAUUGUGAGGUUUUAACUAGUGUAAAUGUAGUACAAAGUAGCAACUGUUCAAGGCAUCGAAAUGAGGAUGAGCGUGACUGGAAUUCGUGGGACGACUCACCACGAACAGUCGGUGAGCACAUCGAACAGUAUCGACAAAAAUUGGCGAAACCAAAUAUUGGUGAAGAAAACCAAGAGCCAUCCGUAGAUUUUUUCCAAGACAUGGUCCCAAAAGUGGUAAAACCGAAAAAAAUGUUCAUUGACCAGAAUAAAGCUGCCACCGAGAAUUUCUCGCGAUUACAAGCAACGAGUGCGGCAAUCAUUCCCCGUUUACAAACGGCCGAAUUAGAAGACUGGAGCGAUGUGGAUAAUGAGGACAAUGUUGAAACCGGAUGGGAUGAAGUGAGCGAUGAAGCCACCAAAGCAAUGAUUCGCGAAAAGCGACGUGAAGCUAGAGCACAGCGACAUCAACGGCUACAACAACAAAAACAACAAAACCAAACGAAAAGUGGCCUUUAUGCACAUCCGUGAAAUGAAAAUCACAUGGAAGCGUUAAACAUUGUCAGUUUUGAACAAACUUAUGAAUAUAAAUUUAGAAUUUAGGAUUGAUUGCAGUUUGAAUGCAAAGCAUUUUAUUAUUUAUACCGAAGAACAAAGACAAUUUUCAAAGCAAUCACUCACACUCGCUAUUUUUACUACAUUUGCAAAUAGAAAACAACACGAUUGAAUUCAUAAGAUGCAUUGAACGUUCUUUGGGUGCAAUAAAAUCAGUUUACGUUUCUUUUUGAAAGUGAAGCCUUUUUAAUAAAUUUAUUGUAUAGACGAGAGAUGUGCAUGGAAUGAUUAUUAUGAAUAAAUGAUCUUAAGAUUCUAGAA